AAAAUACUUAAAACCUUCCUAGUAGGGUAAAGAGGGUAAGAGUUUUAUUUUGUUGUAGGUGUGCCAGAUGGCUGGUAAACCACCCCAGGGAUGGCCCGUUGGGCGCCACUAUAAGUGCCUCAAGCAAUUUGUUUCUAGAGAGGACUGGGAAUUACACCGGUGUUUUUCCCAUGAUGCCUCCGUGGCCUGCGGAGUGGGAAGUUGUACGGCUGCCUUUACUCCAUCAGAUGCAGAGGCUCUGGCCUUCCAUAGGCGCAGACACCCUACCGUCGAGGAGCCGCCCCGAAAGAAAUCCAAAGGAUCUCAACCCAAGGAGGGGGAUGGCACGGGGCAGGAGCUGGGGGUCGAUCCCGCAUCGAUCUCGAUGCCCCAGCUCACAGCCGCUGUGCAUCCCCUGCGGGAUUUAGAGGACGGGCCGGAACUAGCAGAUUCCCCUCUGGUCCGAGGAUUGCUGGCGGAGAGCGG